AUGACCAGAUUCAUCCUUCUCGUUUGUCUGCUGUUUCUGUCGUCGUUUCCCGUGAAGUUGCCGCGCUCGGCGGGAGAGGGGACGGAAAUGUCAAGGAUGCUCGCGGUAGAUUUCGAAGUCUUCGGCGUCGUGCAAGGUGUCUUCUUCAGGAAGUACACGCAGAAACGUGGCAAGGAGCUGAACCUGAAGGGAUGGUGCAUGAACACCCCAAACGGUACCGUGGUCGGCCACCUGGAGGGGCAGAGGGCGCAAGUAGACGAGAUGAAGCAGUGGCUUCGCUACACCGGAAGCCCACAGUCGCGGAUCGACAGUGUGCAGUUUCGUAACGAGAAGGAAAUCUCCGAGCCGACGUUCACCGACUUCGAAAUCCGGAAGUAGAAUUUCGGAAGUACAUAGCGGCGUUGUUCUCCGAUCGAAAACGGGGGAUCUAACGACGCGCAAUUAACAUUAAUAAAUUUUAGAAAACUGUUCCAAGUUCGCGUCCGUAACGAAGCUGUAUUUAUUUUAAUAAAUAUAAGUAUAGUUAAAUUA